AACCAGCCACACCCAUUUCCUCCUUCAACCUAUAUCUUCCUCUCACUAUAUGUAUAGCAGAAAACAAUGUGGCCGCUACCCCCGAGUAGAGGAGGCGGAGCGAACAUGUCGUCGCUACCGAGCCACAUCUUCCUCCUCACCGCCGCCGCCCUCUUAUUCCUGCCGCCCCCGGCGAUGUCCUCCACCGGCGCCAUCAUCCGGCUCCCUUACGGCGACGACAUCAUCGCCGAGACCUGCCAGAGAUGCGGCGAGAACAACCACAACGUGGACUACGCCCUUUGCGUCGCCUCCCUCUCAGCCGACCCCACCGGCCGCGACGCCGACCUCCACGGGCUCGCGCUCAUCUCGGCCAAGCUGGUGCGGGCGGGGGUGGCGGGCAUGGACUCCGGCAUGGCAGCGCUCCGGGGCAAGGAGGCAACGAGGUCGACAAGGUGGUCCUGCCUCAACGCCUGCAUAGACGUGUUCCGGGACGCCAUGGUCGACCUCGACGACGCCAUCGCCGCCAUCGAGGAUGGAAGUUAUUCUGACGCCAAGAUGAAGAUGGCCGCCACCACCGACGCGCCAGUGACCUGCAACGACGAGUUCAAGGAGCAGGGAUUGCAGCCGCCCAUGGAAGGGGAGGGCCGGCGCCUGUUCCAGCACGCCGUCAUCUCCCUCGCCAUCAUCUCAUUAAUCUGAACAACAGAUUAUAUAUAUUGAGCAAACGUCACCAGUAUAUAUUGCUCUAUUCGGCAUACAUCGCUAUAUUCAUCAAGUAUGUAAUGAUAUGACUCUUUUAUCAUC